AUGGAAGACAAUAAUUCAGUAAAAAGCGAAAUAACAGUGAAAUUUGUGGAAAACUGUUUUAUACCCACCGAUGAUGAAAGUGAAGUUUCUUCACAAGAAUCGAAAUCACCAGGGUUAAUUGCUCAGACUAAUAGAAGUACAGUUAAAGAAAAUCGCCGGGAAGUGAUAAAAAAAACCCUAAGCUAUAACCUACCUAGAGGUUUGACAGAGUACCUCCAUCCAUAUGAGGAUGUUAAGUUUACUCAGAAGGGAAUCUAUUACAAUCAACAACAUUGUAUAUGGUAUUAUAUUGAGCACAUUAGUAAUCGUUUGAAGCAAAAAACCAAAAAAAAGCACCUAACAAGGAACUGGAAAGGGCCAACAGCCCAAUGUUGGUGUGAUAAUAAGUUAUACUCACCAUCAGAUGAGUGUAGCAAGUGUUAUAGUGAUCUAAAGUUAUGGAUCACUUUAAAAAAAUACUCUAUUGAUAAAAUUGCCAAAUGUUACUGGGCAACUUCAGAUGAUGAAGAAUUAGAGAAUUACUAUCACAAAAACAAUUAUAUAUGGAGUGAUGAUGAAUCAAUGAGCAACUUUACCUGCAACACUUUUAAUCUUAUUGAUGAUUCCCUUAUAGAGCAAUGGGAAAGUGAAAGUGUUAGUGAAAAUCUUCUGCUAGACUUUACUGAUGAAGAAAGAGAAGGAAACACAAUACCAUUUCCAACAGAAGACUUAAAUAAUUUCUCUUGGUGGUUAGAAUUAUUAGAAAAACUAUCCAAACAUUAUUAUAAAAAAUUUAAUAAUUUUUCAAAACUUAUCUCUGUAACUCCAUUUGGUGGGAGGCUGCCAAUCCAGUUAAGUACUUUUAGAGGUACAACUCAAACAACAAAUAUCCGUACACAAAAGAAGAAAAACUUUGCAAGUUGGUCCCUGCAACCAUCAUCACAACUUCCUGAAAAUUAUAAGAUAGAAGUAAGACAUCAAAAUACAAUAUAA